GGGCAUCUGUCCCGGUACUCCAUUCUAAAAGUAAGGUGACAAAAUUUGAACAGCCCUCGUAAAUACGAGGCCUAAAACAAGUUUAGAUAAUCUCAAGGUGUCAUUUGAAUACUAAGCGUCACAAUCUUUUUGGACAAAAUGUAGUGCGAUCAGAUUCAUCCCUUAGUAAAAAGAUUAAGGAAAUGUGGUGUGUGUGUGUGUGUGUGUGUGUGUGUGUGUGUGUGUGUGUGUGUGUUUUUAUUUGUUAAACAAUCCCAAGAGGGAGAAUAAAGUGAAGGCAUAAUGAUGGUCUCCAGGGAGUAAAAGAAAUCCUGUAUUAUUUAGUCAUACUAUGUUUCCAAAAUUUAAAGAGCACUUUUAAAAAGAAUAAUAGAGGGAUGGAGUGAUGGCUGAUGGCUGAAUGGUUAGGAGUCCUGGCUGCCCUUGCAGAAGACCUGGGUUCAUUCCCAGCACAUGUAUGGAGGCCAAGGCCACCUGUAACUUCAGUUUGAGUUUUGCAGCCCAUCAUGGCAGUCAAGUGGACUGGUGGACAUUCUUCUUCUAUCCUCUGCCUGAAUGCAAGUAAAGACGGGCUUGUGGCUUCAGGAGCAGAGGGUGGAGAUCUUGUGGCUUGGGGUGAAGAUGGGACUCUAUUAGGACGCAUGCAGUUGGAAGGAGCUGAUGAUGUUACCAGCAUCUUGUUUUCUCCCUCCUGCCCCACCAAGCUAUAUGCCUCCCAUGGAGAAACCAUCAGUGUACUAGAUAUCAGGUCUCUUAAAGAGUCCGUGGACCGUUUUCAUGUGAAUGAUGAAGAAAUCAAUUGUCUUUCACUAAAUGAAACUGAAAGUCUGCUGGCUUCUGCUGAUGACUCUGGGGCAAUCAAAAUCCUGGACUUGGAAAAGAAGAAAGUUACCAGAUCCCUGAAGAGACAUUCUAACAUUUGCUCCUCCGUAGCUUUUCGACCUCAGAGGCCUCAGAGCCUGGUGUCAUGUGGCCUGGAUAUGCAGGUGAUGCUGUGGAGUCUUCAAAAAGCCCGACCCGUCUGGAUUACGAAUUUACAGGAGGAUGAAACAGAAGAAAUGGAAGGCCCCCAGUCCCCUGGUCAGCUCCUAAACCCCGCACUAGCCCACUCUGUCUCAGUGGCAUCUUGCGGCAAUAUUUUCAGCUGUGGCGCAGAAGAUGGUAAGGUGCGCAUCUUCAGGGUGAUGGGAGUCAAAUGUGAGCGAGAAUUGGGAUUUAAGGGUCACGCUUUGGGGGUAUCCCAGGUCUGCUUUCUGACGGAGUCCCAUCUGCUGCUUACUGGAGGGAAUGAUGGGAAGAUAAGGUUGUGGAACGUGAGCAGUGAAAUGGAGAAGAAACAGAAGAGUCCUGCAAAACACACCCACAGGAAGAAAGCAAAAAGAGCAGCUUGCCCCAAGCAGGGUAGGGACUCUAGUACCACAGGAGCAGACGAGGAGGAGCAUGCAAAGGUUUUGCCAAAGCUCGAUAUUGAACACGGAGAAAAAGUGAACUGGCUCUUGAGUUCAAAAAUAAAAGGGCACCAAAGUAUAUUAGUGGCCGAUCAGACGAGUUGUGUAUCUGUGUAUCCCUUAAAUGAACUUUAGUACCAAUAAAAAGCUCUAUAAGAACUCUGA